AUGGAUGUAAUCAGAAAAAUCACACCAUCUUAUGGUGCAACCAAACAUGCGUGGAUACUGGUUGCAACAGACUACUUCACUAAAUGGGUCGAAGCCAAGUCAUAUGCCGAACUAACGUAUAAGGAAGUUUGUAGCUUUUUUGAAGAAAACAUUGUGACUAGAUUCGGCGUGCCAGAAACAAUCAUAACAAAUAACGGUACAGUUUUUACAUCCGACAGAUUUAAGGACUAUACGGUAAAUCUAAAUAUUCAACUCGAGCAAUAUACGCCAUACUACCCACAGGCGAAUGGACAGGCCGAAGCAAGCAAUAAGGUUCUUAUUGGUAUUCUUGAAAAGAUGGUGAAAGAAAGGCCAGGCAUGUGGCAUUUAAGGAUAAACGAAGCAUUAUGGGCUUAUCGAACCUCUCCACAGACAGCCACCGGGAUGACUCCGUACUUGUUGACUUAUGGACACGAUGCAAUGUUGCCCGUCAAGCUAAGUGUAAACUCGUUACGAAUAAUUGAACAAAGUAGUUUAUUUAGUGCCGAGUACAGUCAAGCCAUGAGACAAGAGCUAGAAGAUUUGGAAGACGCUCGGUUUGAUGCUUAUAAUUUAUUAGUAGCUCAAAAGAAGAUCGCUGAACGUGCAUAUAAUCAACGAGUUAGAAAAAAAACGUUCGACGAAAGAGAAUUGGUUUGGCAAACGGUACUCCCAUUAGGAAUUAAAUACCCUAGGUUCGACAAGUGGUCGCCAAAUUGGGAAGGGCCAUUCAUUAUUCACAAAAUCCUCGGCAAGAGGGCAUAUCAUCUUAGGGAUCGAACCGGUAUUAUUCACAAGUUGCCAAUCAAUGGAAAUUUUUAA